AUGUUAACUAAUAAACUUUUUCAUGGAUGUGGAAUUCGUUUACCAUUUCUUCAUGUUCGUCAUCGAACGAAUAUUGCAAGAGAUAAUAAAAAUCGUAAAUUAUCAAAUGAAAAUAAAACAAUUCAUGAUAGACAUUUAGCGAAUAUUACUGUCACAUCAUUUCAUAGUCAAACUGCUAUUGAACAACUUGCUCUUAAACCAUCAACUCGCCUCUCACCAUUGACAAUGAUGUAUAUUGGUAAAACACAAGAUAAUGGACAUUUAUUACGUUCAGCACAAUAUUUACAUAAAGAUUUACCUAUUCGUUUUGCACAUCGUAUUAAUGAUUUUCAAAAUUUACCAUUUGUUGUUGCAUGUAAUCCACUUCUUUUAGAAUUACAUGAACGUUUUAUUAAAACUUUUCAUACACUUCAUUCAUUUCCACAAAUUAAUACACUUGAACAAGAAAAAAUCUAUACACAAUUAUUACAGAAUACAUUUAAUUCAAGUAAUGAUACAUUAUCAUUAUUAGCUGAAGGUUUUCGUGAAGCUAAACGUCAUAUUAAACAAGAAAUGCUUGUACGUAGUUUUCUUGAUCGUGCACUUACAUCUCGAUUAGCUAUUAAGAUGUUAAUUGAACAUCAUAUUGAAUUACGAAAAGAUAAGCCAAAUUAUAUUGGUGCUAUUUGUAUGAGUUUUUCACCAAAAGAACUUAUCGAAUCAUCAACAAGAUAUGUUCAAAAAUUAUGUCGUUCAACAUAUGGUAUGACACCAAAUGUGAAGAUUGAUGGACAUGUCGAUAGUUCAUUUCCUUAUAUAAUAACUCCACUUAGUUAUAUUGUUCCAGAAAUGCUUAAAAAUGCAUUUAGAGCCACAAUUGAACAUCAUAAAAAUUCAAAUAAUGAUUUACCAAAUGUUAAUGUAACCAUUGCAGUUAAUGAUGAUGAAUUACUUUUACGAAUAAGAGAUCAUGGUGAAGGUAUGUCAAAAUCAAUACUAGAGAAAAUGUUUAAUUAUCAUUUUUCAUCAAAUAAUACUCUCAAUGAUUCUUCAAUGAUAUCUGAUACUGAUUUUGAUGAUUAUUCAUACGAUCAAUUCAUAAUCAGAAAUCAUAAUCGAAUAAGCGGAUAUGGUUUUGGUGUACCAACAUCACGUGCUUAUUGUGAAUAUUUAAAUGGUUCAUUAGUUUACGAAACAAAUCUUGGUAUUGGUACAGAUGUUUAUAUUCGUCUUGGACUGCUAACAUCUGAAAAACGUAUUGUACGUUUAUAA